GACCCCCGCCCCAGGCCUCACUGCGCUCUUCCUCCUUUCUGUUGUUGUCGCAGAUUGAAAUGCUAGAACACAAGUACGGGGGCCACCUCGUGUCCCGGCGCGCAGCUUGCACCAUCCAAACCGCCUUCCGCCAGUACCAGCUCAGCAAGAACUUUGAGAAGAUCCGCAACUCGCUCUUGGAGAGCCGCCUGCCGCGGCGGAUCUCCCUGCGCAAAGUCCGGGCGCCCAUGGCCGAGAGCCUGGCGGCCGAGAAGGCGCUCAUGGAGGGCUACGGCCUCAUGGGGCUGCCGCUGGUGCGCUCGCCCUCCCUGCCGCCCACCUUCGCGGGCACGCUCACCGAGCUGGAGGACUCCUUCACCGAGCAGGUGCAGUCCCUGGCCAAGUCCAUCGACGACGCCCUCAGCACCUGGAGCCUCAAGACCAUGUGCUCCCUGCAGGAGAGCGGCGCUUACCAGCUCCACCAGGCCCUGCACGCGGGCGCGGGACCACCGGGCCUGGAGGCCGAGAUGCGGGAGCUCGAUAGUGCCCGUCCCGCGCCUGGGGAAGCGGCUGCCGAGGCCGCCGGCCUGCCCCAGGGCCACAGCAGCACCCUCAUGAUGGCUUUCCGGGACGUCACCGUGCAGAUCGCCAACCAGAACAUCUCCGUGUCCUCCGCCGCGGCUCUGUCGGUGGCCAACUGUCUGGGCGCGCAGACCGCCCAGGCCCCGGCCGAGCCCGCAGCAGGCAAAGCCGAGCAGGGCGAGGCCCCCGGGCAGGAGCCCUCGGCUGCCGCAAGCCCUGCUCAGGGGGACGCGCCCGCCGAGAACACGGGCGCAGAGGCCGGAGCCAGCGGGGCCUUGAGCGCCCACUCGCCUGGGGCCGCCGCGGCGGUGGCGGAGGGGGCGGAGGGGGCCGCGGCGGCGGGGGAUACCGGGGAGGUGGGGCAAGGCACCGAGGCCGAGGCGGAGGCCGGGGACAACUCGGAGCAGCUGAGCAGCAGCAGCACGUCCACCAAGUCGGCCAAGUCGGGCUCGGAAGUGUCGGCCUCAGCCUCCAAGGAGGCCCUGCAGGCCAUGAUCCUGAGCCUACCGCGUUACCACUGCGAGAACCCGGCCAGCUGCAAGUCGCCCACGCUGUCCACCGACACUCUGCGCAAACGGCUCUACCGCAUCGGCCUCAACCUGUUCAACAUAAACCCAGACAAAGGCAUCCAGUUCCUGAUCUCUCGAGGCUUCAUCCCUGACACCCCCAUUGGAGUGGCCCACUUCCUGCUCCAGCGCAAGGGUCUCAGCCGGCAGAUGAUCGGGGAGUUCCUGGGCAACAGCAAGAAGCAGUUCAACCGCGACGUGCUGGACUGCGUGGUGGACGAGAUGGACUUCUCCAGCAUGGAGCUGGACGAGGCCCUGCGGAAGUUCCAGGCGCACAUCCGCGUGCAGGGGGAGGCCCAGAAGGUGGAGCGGCUCAUAGAGGCCUUCAGCCAGCGCUACUGCAUGUGUAACCCCGAGGUGGUCCAACAAUUCCACAACCCCGACACCAUCUUCAUCCUCGCCUUUGCCAUCAUCCUCCUCAACACCGACAUGUACAGCCCCAACAUCAAGCCUGACCGCAAGAUGAUGCUGGAGGACUUUAUCCGAAACCUGCGAGGUGAGGAGGAGGGGUGA